GCACCCAGGGCCCCCCCCCCCGCCCCGGGCACCCCCAACCCGGAGCUGAAGGAGUUACGGUGCUGGGGUAUGGGUGUCCCUUGGGGUGUCCCCACCGCAGGGCACAGCAGAGCGGGCAGGAUGGUGGCCCGGGGGUGCGCAGGGGACGAGCUCCCCGGAUGGUUCAUCGAGGACGCGGGCAGCGGGAUGCUCUACAAGCGGGGACGGCUCCUGGGAGAGGGCACCUUCGGGCGCUGCUACCAGCUGACGGAGGUGGGCAGCGGCAGGGUCUACGCUGCAAAGGUCAUCCCACGAGUCCGGCUCGCCACGGUGGGCAUCGGGGAGAGGGUGGAGCGGGAGCAGGAGCUGCACGGCCGCCUGCGCCACCGGCACAUCGUCCGCCUCCACGGGCACUUCGCCGACAGCAGCCACGUUUACCUGCUGCUGGAGUACUGCAGCCGGCGGUCCCUCGCCGACAUCCUGCGGGCCCGGGGGAGGCUGACGGAGCCGGAGGUGCGGUACUACCUGCGGCAGAUCAUCUCGGGGCUGCGAUACCUCCACGGACAGGGCAUCAUCCACCGGGACCUCAAGCUGAGCAACUUCUUGGUGACUGAGAAGAUGCAGGUGAAGAUCGGGGACCUGGGGCUGGCACGGCGGGAGGCACCGGCUGGCCGGCGCUGGGGGGCGCUCUGCGGAACGCCCGGCUACCUGGCCCCGGAGGUGUUGGACCGCAAGGGACACGGGGUGCCCUCGGACGUCUGGGCCCUGGGCUGCGCCGUGUACACGGCGCUGACAGGCAGCCCCCCGUUCGAGGCGGCUCACCGGCAGGAGCUGUACCGGCGCAUCCGGGCGGCUCGGUACCCGCUGCCCCCCCACCUCUCGCCCCGCGCCCGGGCCCUCAUCGCCGGCUUGCUGGCCCCCGAGCCCGCGGCACGGCCCAGCCUGCGCGACGUGCUGAACCAUGGAUUCUUCACCCAGGGCUUCACGCCGGACAGGCUGCCGCCCCACGCCUGCCGCUCGGUGCCCGUCUUCAUGGGACAGGACCCACUGUGCAGACUGCUGCGGGGGGCUGCCACGGCGCUGGUGAGGGGGUGGCCGUGCCGGGAGCGCCGGGACCCACCACCCUGCCAUCCCGGAGGACAGCCGUCUUCCCCCUGCAAAGGAGAAGCUUCCUCGGCAGGACCUGAGCCAUGCAAACAUCCGCUUAGGAAAACCUUUAUUAGCACUAGGAACCGUCUAAAAUCCAGUCAUUGAAACAAGCAGGAUGGGACGUGACCAUUACGAACGGCACACACACACCAGUUCGCCCUUAGAAAAGGUUAACAGAAAAAACCAAAACCCAACCAAACCCCAAAGGGACCUCUCUUCCCCACCAGCCUGGGACGGGAUGGGGACGAGGAGCUGGGGGGGGAGAAGGUGCAGCUCCAAGGAGCCCGGUUCCCGGCAUUGCUCCUGGGGAUCACCCAUGCAUAGGGAACGGCAGCGCUUGGAGAGGCAUCAGGUCCCCCCACUCUGCCUGGCCACAGCCUCCGGCAGCACCUCUCACCACACUGCCAGCAGCAGGGGUUACUGGAGGGAGGAACAGAGUUAUUUGUGGCCUGGGAAGGAGGGAGGAAAGUGCGCGGUUUCCCUGUUGAGCUUCAGUUCUCUCCCUCGAGAGGAGAGGUCUGAAAGAAAAUGCUGAAAGCUCAGUAAAACAUGACACUUAAAACA